AUGCAGAGCGUUAGAAAUUAUCCCAUGGAUACCGCUUAUGAGAGACCACAGCCUAGGGAAGAGAGGCUUAGGAUACCAGGGCAACCACAACAGCGUCAGAUGAGGACAAAGUCUCAGCCCAACCUUAGGUCCAUGGCACGUCGACCAUUACCAGGCACAUGUUCUCAGGCAGAGAACCACAACGCAUACAAGACUCCCAGAGUGGUACAUCCUCCUCUUCCAAUCAACGCUCAUCGUCGCAAGCAUGAAGCCAUGUUUAUCGAAGAGCCUCCAUUUGAGCGACCAUUCUCUCCCGAGUCUGACUCGGAAGAACACAUGAUCUUGGACUACUACCUUCAAGCAUCUUAUCACACUCCCCUGUCUAGAGUUGUCUCUGCCGAGGAGCCUUGCAACCAGAGUGGAGCCAUGGCUGCAUUUGACUUUGGUCUUGAACCCACACCUGAGCCAUCCUACAUACACUAUCAGCCCUCAGUUGAACGACCAAGGACGGCACAUGGAACCAAGGGUGCCUUGCCGCCAUCAAGACAAACUCCUNNUCGUCGCCAUCAAGACAGUCUCCUCCAUCUCCUCAGAGACAAUCCCCCGCCCUCACCUCAAAGGCAUGUUCCUUCUUCACCUCAAAGGCAAACACCUUCCUCUCCUCAAAGACAGUCUCCCUCAACACCUCAAAGACACUCUUACACUCUCUUCCCCAAGGAGCAGCCUCAGCCAUCAACCCCACGCAUCAGCGUGAUCAGCGACAAUGGCAGUAUCAUUUCCCAUCAAAGCCACACUAGCCAACACCGCCCUCGCACCUCCUCACUAGCAUCUUCAGAGCGUUCGCGCUCAGACUCAUGCAUGUCUGUCCGCGUCCAACCUGCUGCAAACCUCUCCUCCUCUUCCCCUACUUCCUCACCCAAGCGUCCCCAAACCUCCCCUCGCAUGCGCACAACCAGCGCUUCCUCCACACAGCAAACCAGCGUCUCUGACCAACCGCCUUCGCGCUGGUCAGGCGAAACGGUAGACAUGGUUUUGGAGGACUCGCUCAAAUCGGGCAGAAACGCCGUAGACAGAACCAGAGAUUCUUCUUCGUCGACGUUGGUGGCGACCAGCCCUGCAUGGCCCACCGGCAGCUUCUUCGAGGAUGACGAGGAUGAGAAGUUGCCUUUGAGACAGAAGGUGGCACAGAAGCUAAGAAGUUCGCGUUCGAGCAAUGCAUUGAGGUCGGCGAGCAACCCUACCAGCAGUGCCGAGCAGACACACAAAAAGUCUCCUUCGUGGGCUCGUCGGUUGGUUACCUGGCACCGUGCCUAA